AAAGUAGGGAUGCCUGCAGAUUUCAAUGGUUACUGGAAAAUGGUCAGCAAUGACAAUUUUGAGGAGUAUCUGAAAGCACUGGAUGUAAAUGUUGCUGUAAGAAAAAUAGCAAACUUGCUAAAACCUGACAAAGAAAUCCUUCAGAAUGGGGAUCAUAUGAUCAUUAAAACGCUAAGCACUUUUAGAAACUACAUCAUGGAAUUUGAUGUAGGAAAGGAGUUUGAGGAGGAUUUAGCUGGGGUGGAUGAUCGCAAAUGCAUGACCACCGUAUCUUGGGAUGGAGAUAAGCUUCUUUGUGUACAGAAUGGAGAAAAAGAAGGUCGUGGCUGGACCCAAUGGAUUGAAGGAGAUGAAAUGCACCUGGAAAUAAGAGUGUGUGGAGUCAAGUGUAAGCAGGUCUUUAAGAAGGUGCAGUGA